AUGGAGCAGCCAGGCAAAAGAUGGCCCAUAGGUCAAGCCCCGGCCACGAGGCAUGCCUUCGAGCCCCACUUCUUGGUUCCAGAGGGGGGCUCAGUGAACACCGUCCAGGCAAAGGAAACUGAGGUUCAUGUAUACUUCAUCGUCAUCAUCAGAACUAUUUACAUGUUCUGUGUCCUCGCUCUGGUCUGUGAUGACUACUUUGUCCCUUCCCUGGAGAAGAUUUGCGAGCAUCUUCAUCUCAGUGAGGACGUGGCAGGUGCAACCUUCAUGGCUGCAGGCAGCUCUGCUCCUGAGGUUUUCACAUCCAUCAUUGGGUUAGGAUACAGGUGUGAGUCGCUUGUCUUGGUUCUGAUGUACGCCAUCUCCAUCAUCAUUAUGAAGUUUAACUACAGAGUGCAAAGUUACCUCAACAAUCGUAACAGGAGCUCAGUGAAUCUGAUCAAUGGGUUGACAGGAAGCACUGACCUGGAAGAAAUUACUUGUGAUGCUAACGCAGUCCUGCUCAAGAAAGGUAACUUCCAAUAUAACCCAGCCGUACUGAUGGUAGAUAAGCUCAUGUUUGCAUACCCACACCAAAUGAGUUUCUGCGAGGCUGGCAUGAGGAUCAUGAUCACCAGUCAUUUCUCCCCAAGAACCCGCCUCACAAUGGCCUCUCGGAUACUUAUCAAUGUGGCAAACGGUCUCUACGAGCAGUUCCACCGCUCCAUGGAAGCAGCCUUGCGUGCCAGCUUGACGGACGGCAACUGGUUGGAUAAGCUUCUGUGGGUCAUGCUCAGCUUCAGGCCCCAAGGAAGGACUGACCUCCUCGUCCUUAGGGCCUUGGCCCCUUUACUCAAUCGACUGUACGGCCCCGCCCCCCCUUGGCCCCUGCAGUGCACACCCGCUGGGGUCGGGCCAUCGUCCCGCCACGGCACAGAGAUUUUGACUGCCGAAGGAAGUGAAGACAUCUCUGGUCUGGGAGAUAUGGCUUUCUCCAACUCGAUCGGCAGUAAUGUCUCUGACAUCCUUAUGGGGCUGGGCCUGCCCUGGGCAUUGCAAACACUCUGCAUAGACUACGGCUCCAAUGUCCAUCUCAACAGCAGGGGACUCAUAUUCUCUGUUGGACUCUUACUGGCCUCAGUCUUCUUCAUUGUCGUGGGGGUUCAUUUGAAUAAAUGGACUUUGGACUGGAAAUUGAGCCUAGUCUGCCUCGUCACGUAUGCCAUCUUCCUUUGUUUCUCUAUCCUCAUUGAGUUCAUCGUUUUCAUCUUCGUCAACCUCCCAAUGUGCCGAGACAUCCACUGACCUUGCUCUUCCUCUAUUCUUUAUUCUUUUGGCAAAUGGAAGGAGAAGCCCCAUUUUCCUCUUGGCCCGAAAGUUGAUAUAUCUUUGGUGCAAUGCACACCAGCGACAAUUGUGGUGCGUUGUGUAAUAGUCUCAACAACAACAAUUACUGCCAGAAAAUUUUUAAUGCACUAAAUGCUUGAAUGAAAGGAACUUAAUUUUAUUAUCACCAACAGUUAGCCUGCCAUUGGUGAAGAAGCUGCUUGUGUCAUUCCUUCACCGAAUGAGAAACUGAACUUGGGUUUUAGUUGGCUUGUUUGUUCCUGUUUGUGAUGAGUUUUGUAUAAAACCACAUAAAGAAGGUAUUGUUUGUUUGUUAAACCAGAACAAAACAAAACAAAAAGAAAAAACCUUUUUCUCUGUAUGUAUGAAAACUGACAGUUGCUGUAAUUCUCUUAUGCAGAUAUUGUUUAUCCAACGGCAGUUAUCGUUCUUAACUUGAGUGCAGUACAGUGGUUAAUUAUGCCAUUACUAUCAUUCACUACAAUUUUCUUUAGUAUUUCUCCUGUCUUUUUCAGAUGAUACGGCCGUGGUAUUUGGCUCUUGGACAACUCUUCUGAUUUUUCAUUUAACUCCCCUGUCUGAAACCUUGGAAGGAGCAAAUAAUCUAGGCAAAUUUAUUGCGGCAUGAUGGCUUUCGACUGACAUAAAAAGUUUCUUUCGGCUUUCGGUUGUCUUAGCUUUCCAUGCCUUUAUGCACCAUUUGUUCAAAACCCUGUGCUAUCUGACAUUUUUACACAUAACUUCUUUUCUGAUCUUAUUUUUUUUUUUUAUGUACGGAUUACUUGGGUUGUUCCCAACAUCUGGUCAAGCUUUCAGGUCAAUAGCACUUUUGGCAAAAUAUUUUUGAGAAAAAAAGGUGAUGCAUUUCAGCCACUUUAUACUGUCUCUUUAAGUCAGUGUCAAUGAUCCAAAUCUUGUAUUAUCAACCCUUAUAGUUUAAGAUUUCUAUAUAGCAAUGCUUGUGGUCUUUUCCUGCUUAUGUUUGAGCCUAACAUUUUUUGAACUAAGUGUUGCCACUUUCUCCAUGUUCUUUAAAUGCAAUAUAAAAUAUGUCACUGAUUUUUAGCUUUGAAGAGUCUUAAUAUUAAAUUUCUUACCAAUAUGUAUGGGACAUUUUGUUGCCAAGUUAAAGCAAGCAGUAAGGUUAAGCAUUCUUUUGCUUCUUUGUUACACAAAAAAAAAAAGUCUUUUUGGGAUUUUUAUAUUCAUGUAUCAUACAGAAGAGCAAAUAUAAAUGCUGCUUGGUAUGCAUGACUUUUUGAAUACAAAAAAUGUUGUGACCUAAUUUUAAUUUACUUCCAGCACUGUUGUUCCUGUUCUUUGUAUUUCAAAGCAAUAUGGUUCCAUAAAAUGUGUUACAAUAAUGCUGAACAGUUAAUUAUAUUAACAUUCAUUUGUAUGUAAGUUAAUUUGUAGCUAAUCAUUUGCACUGUAAUGACACACCAAUGUUGCGUUUCAAGAUACAUCACAAAAUUUGAUCCAAGGUUUGAUACACAAUUUUUACUGGGCAGGGGAAUAUAAAAUGUAAAAAAAGAUUGUGAUUGCAAAAACUGGACUAUUUAUUAAAAUAUUACUAAUUAUACAUAGUGGUUACAAACUGACCAGUUAGCGCAUCGGCUUCACUGUUCUGAGGAUUGGGGUUCAAUUCCCAGCCCCGCCUGUGUGGAGAUUGUAUGUUCUCCCAUGCCUGCGUAGGUUUUCUCUGGCCACUAUGGUUUCCUCCCACAUCCCAAAAACAUGCAACAUUAAUUGGACACUCUAAAUUGCCCCCCUCACAUUCAACAUAUAUUUAAUUUAUUACAAAAGCAAUACAUUUAAUGUUCAAAAUGAUAAACUUUAUUUUUAGCAAAUAAUCAUUAUCUUGGAAUUUUAUGGCUGUAAUCUGUUCCAAAAAAAGCUGGGACGGGUGGCAACAAGAUGGUGAAAGUUGAGGAAUAUUCAUAAAACACCCGUUUGGAACAUCGAACAGCUGAAAAGGCUAAAUGUGAGUCCUGGUGAGAGGAUGCCUCGUGGAGCUUUGGAACAAUUCAGCCAAUUAGUUCAAGAAAGGGUUAAUUUCUUGAAGCUUCAUGUGCACAUGAAACCACUUGCUGGCCAUGGGUGUAAUUACAGGCAUCUGUUUCUUCAUGUGUUAAGCAUUUAAUUAUGACAUCUGUUUUGGCUUUUG